UGGGAGAGCGUUAGGAGGCUUGAGGAGCAGCGAAAGGAGCCUAUCAGAGCCCGGCUCAUCAUGGCGGCGCCCAGCGAGUAGGGACCCGGCGAUGUCAGGCCAGGGGGUCUGGCUGCGAACCCGGGAGCGGCUGCGGCGCUUCCCCGAGCUGCUGGCGGGAUGUGGGGACCAGGCAGCCGCCUACGGGAAGUGCGUCGCUGCGACAGCAACCGGCCAGGCGAUACUGCGGCAGGGCGCCUGCAGCAGGGAGUUCGAGGCGCUGAAGAAAUGCUUCGCCCAGGCGGUGGGUUGCAGGGACCAGCUGUCCACAAAGCAAAGAAGACAAUGAAGUGAAGGCAGUGGUAACAAUGCAAGGGGGACUGGAAUCUAGAUUUACAGUUCCUGGCUGGUAUCUGUCCAGCUGUAAUCAAGUAGUUCCAGGACAGAAGAAUCUGCAUAAUCUAGAAUUAAAUCAAAGAAAUGGGAGCCUAAUAAUGGAAUAAUCAACUCUAUUUCAUACAACCUCCUCCCCCAGCUAUUUCAAACAAUGCAUGUAAAUAGAUGUUUGGAAUCUUUUUUUAAAUAAAACUCAAAUCUGA